GGGCGGCGCCGGGGGCGGCCCGGUCAUGGCCUCCACGGGGCACCCGCACCCGCGCCCGCACGGGCCCGGCGAGGAGCUGGAGGAGGAGGCGGGGCUGGGCGAGGGUGACGCGGGGGACUCCGCCAUCGAGGACCCGGAACUGGAAGCUAUCAAGGCCCGGGUGCGAGAAAUGGAGGAGGAGGCUGAGAAGCUGAAAGAGCUGCAGAAUGAAGUGGAGAAGCAGAUGAACAUGAGCCCCCCACCGGGCAACGCUGGCCCGGUCAUCAUGUCUUUGGAGGAAAAAAUGGAGGCUGAUGCCCGGUCCAUAUACGUGGGCAAUGUAGAUUAUGGGGCAACUGCUGAAGAAUUAGAAGCCCAUUUCCAUGGCUGCGGCUCUGUCAACCGUGUCACCAUUCUGUGCGACAAGUACAGCGGGCACCCCAAGGGGUUUGCCUACAUCGAGUUCUCUGACAAGGAGUCUGUACGGACAUCAAUGGCGCUGGACGAAUCCCUGUUCAGAGGCAGACAGAUCAAGGUGAUCCCCAAAAGGACCAACCGCCCUGGCAUCAGCACAACAGACCGUGGCUUCCCCCGGACCCGGUACCGAGGCCGCGGCUCCGGCUACAGUAGCUCCCGGGCCCGGUUCUACAGCGGCUACAGCAGACCCCGCGGGCGCGCGUACAGGGGCCGGGCUAGAGCGACCUCAUGGUAUUCCCCUUACUAAAAAAAAAAAAAAAAAAAAAAAUAGAGGUGUUCUUUAGGAAGGACAGAAAAAAAAAAGGAAAAAAAAAAAAAGAAGAACGUGACAAUGAUGAAAAAAAAAUACUGUGGGGGGGGCACAGCUGUCUGCACUGAGCCAGGGCUGUGCUCAGGGGUCUGGGGCGGGGGGCAUGGCCGCCCGUGCGCUUCACUCCUCUGCCCUCCCUAGACACCCCCCUCUGUCUCUUGCCCCCUACUUCCCCACGGGCUGAGAAAUCGGGAGGGUAGCUCCCACUGCCUGCUGGGUGUUUUCCUUUCCCCCCCACCUCAGCGGCCUGCAUGUCUUGAUGCCUCCCCACCACACACGUCUUUCUCUUCCUGUUCUUCCAGUUCUCUGGGGGCCCCACAGAGUGUGUGGAGGGGUGGGGGCUGGGGGGAGAAGGGCCUGGCUGUCCCCUGACACCGGCUCUGUCGCUUCCCAUAUGUUCUUUCUUUAACCCUCUCCCUGCCAGCACAGGGAGGGUCUCGACUCCUUUCCCUCCUGUUUGUCAUUUGCUUUCCCCCCCUUCCCCCAGCCCCAUCAGGCUGGGUGGGACAGUGGCAUAUAGCCACCCCUCCCUCACUGACUUAUUCAUUCCCUUCCCUUUUCCCCUCAUGCCCUGACUGAAGAGGGUGGCACCUGCCCUGUGUCCUCCUAUGCUUUCCUUCCCCUCCUCCCCACCCUUUACUGCUGCAUUCCCUCUUUCCCUGGGGUGGGCUGUGUUACAUGCUGUAUUUGAGUGUCUUUAUCUUUGCAGGUGUCUUUAGCCUUGAAGGAAUCUUCAAGCGCCAGGAAGCUCUUGAGACCAGAUUAAAAUAUUUUUUUUGGAGGGGGGGGAGUAGGGCGGGAGUCUAUGGGAGAAGAAUAAUUUUGGGGGUGUUGCUUUUUUUUCCCCUCCCCCCUCCCUGACUUAUUUUUAUUUCCAGGCUGGGGGAGGGGAAGGGCUGGGGGGGGAAGAGGGAGGAAGAAUAUAGAAAUUAAAAAAAAAUGUUAAGAGGGCAGGAAAAAAAAAUAAAAGAUGUUUUUGGAAGAAA